GUCAAAGUCAGUUUCAAAGUGUUUUAAGGUUAUUUUCAGCAUUUCUGUUUAUUAUUGAGAUAGUUAUAUAAACAAAUUCCUUUUAUAUUAAUAUUAUUAAACAAUGUUAUUUUUAUUAAGAACUAAGCGUAUGCUAAGGUAUUUAAGCACUCCCCACAGUCAGUGUCGGUGUAAAAGUGAUGUUAGGCUUAGUGCUUUAAAAAAUAAAAUAACACAGGGUCCAGGAUUAAAAGAUUUCAUUAUGGAAUCAACUGGUGCAUCUGAAGUUAUCACUCAUCGUCCGUAUAUACCUUAUUUACCAGAUAUUAUUCAAGAUACUUCGAAACGAAAGGUUUAUUUCGAUGUGUAUGGAUGCCAAAUGAACCUUAAUGAUACAGAGAUUGUUUGGUCGAUAUUAAAAAAAGAGGGUUUCGAAAAGACGGAAGUUGAAGAAGAAGCUGAUGUUUUCUUAGUUAUGACAUGUGCCAUCAGGGAAGGCGCUGAAACAAAAAUUUGGCAUAGACUAGACCACCUGAGAGGCUUCAAGAGAAGGCGUUCCUUAGCAAAAAAUAUGAAACCCAUCAAAAUCGGGAUUCUUGGUUGCAUGGCGGAACGGUUAAAGGAGAAGUUAAUAGAAAAAGAAAAGGCUGUUGAUGUUGUUGCUGGUCCAGAUAGUUACCGUGAUCUCCCUCGACUGCUGGCUGUGACGGAGAGUGGUCAGACCGCUGUGAACGUUCUAUUGUCACUCGAUGAGACAUACGCUGAUGUGGUCCCAGUUAGGUUGAACAAGGGCAGCGUGUCCGCUUUUAUAUCUAUAAUGCGGGGAUGUGACAACAUGUGCACAUACUGCAUCGUGCCGUUCACCCGAGGUCGCGAGCGAUCAAGACCUAUCAGUUCUAUUGUGGAUGAAGUGAAGCACUUGUCUGAGAGUGGUGUGAAGGAAGUCACCCUCCUGGGGCAAAAUGUCAAUAGCUACAGAGAUGUUACACAGACUACUGGCAAGUUCGACACUAGCAUGGCUAAAGGUUUUAAAACGGUGUACAAAAACAAGAAAGGAGGUCUUCGGUUUGCAGAUCUCCUAGACAAAGUCUCAGCUGUGGAUCCCGAGAUGAGAAUCAGAUUUACAGCAGCGCACCCCAAAGACUUCCCCGAUGAAGUGUUGCAGGUGAUAUCAUCUCGUCCUAACAUCUGCAAGUCCCUCCACCUGCCGGCGCAGUCUGGUUCCAGCGAGGUGUUAGAGCGUAUGAGGCGCGGAUACACGAGAGAGGCGUACUUAGAAUUGGUCGAAAGGGUCAGAGAGGUUCUACCAAACGUGGGUCUGUCUACCGACAUGAUCUGUGGCUUCUGCGGCGAGACUGAAGAUCAGUUCCUGGAGACGUUGUCGCUGAUGGAUAUAGUUGAUUACAACGUCGCGUUCCUGUUCUCCUACAGCAUGAGAGAGAAAACGACAGCGUAUCGCCGUUACAAAGACGACGUCCCAGAACAUGUCAAGAGAGACAGACAUCGCAGGAUGGUCGAGUUGUAUAGAACGAAAUGUCAGAGAAUGAACGAAGCGGAAAUAGGGAACAUUCACCUCGUGUUAGUGGAGGGGACGCUCCCCAAGACGGGCCAGCUGCUCGGGAGGAAUGAAUUGUAUAUCAAGGUGGUGCUCGACCGAGCUGUUCUACCGGCAGGCGGAGGAGAGAGGCAGAUCGCGCCCGGAGACUACGUGGCUGUCAGGAUACUGUCCGCUAGGUCCUCGGUUCUGACCGGGGAGCCUCUGUACCACACAACUAUUGGAGAGUUUUACAGGGACUACGGCUGGGCUGACAGAUUUGCUCUUAAAGGAUGAUGACGUUGGGUUGAAAUCAAGGCAAUGGAAAUAUCGUAGAGGAGGUUGCAGCUAGAUUUCAUUGUAAAUAUAAAUUUAUAAAAAUA